UACUCGACGGCAAGUGCACCCUGGGAUAGAGACAGUCUGCCAUUUUGUGUGGAGCACAUUUGAAGGUCGUCAGGCAAAAUGCUUCGUGCAGCAAUUCAGCGGGCAAGUUUGGCUGUGCAGACAACCGUGAGACAGUCAUGCCGACGGCAAGUGGCGGUAACCAGUGUUAGAUACAGCCACGGUGUACAGGAGACUGAUGAACAGUUUGACACCAGAUACAUAAAUUACUUCAACAGGCCAGACAUUGAUGGCUGGGAAAUAAGAAAAGCCAUAAAUGAUCUUCAGGGAAUGGACUUGGUGCCAGAGCCCAACAUCAUUAUUGCUGCCCUGAAUGCCUGUAGGAGAGUGAAUGACCAUUCCUUAGCUGUUCGAUACCUGGAAGCUGUUCAUGACAAAUGCGGCAACCACGUCCAGACAAUCUGGCCGUACCUGUUACAGGAGAUCCGACCAACCCUACAGGAGUUGGGUAUAUCCACUCCUGAGGAGUUAGGCUACGACAAACCAGAGCUAGCUUUGAAAGAUGUGUUUGACAUGUAAUUUAGGUCUUAUUAGGAGUGCUAAGAUGACAAUAUAUUCUAUUCUAUCCGCAGUCAAAGUACAGUUGAGUGUUGGUUUAGGACUUCUGCAUCAAAGAGCGCAUAUUGUAGAUACUUGUUGCUGGUCUCUGGUCCCCUUUAAAUUUGUCUUAUGUUGGUUUUUGCUUAUUCUCCAUCAUAGUAUGCAAAAACUAAAAAAAAUAAAUCUAUAAAAUGA